AUGGUCCCAGAAUCGCCACCGACGGGCGGCCACGGCAUCGCCUUCGUCAUCUCCCCCACCACCGACUUCACCCACGCCGUUGCCAGCCAGCACCUGGGUCUCUUCAAUUCCACCAACAUGGGCAGCGAAUCAAACCACGUCGUCGACGUAGAGCUCGACGCGAUGCGCAACCCCGAUUUUCAGGACAUCGACGACAACCACAUCGGGCUCGACCUCAACAUCCUGAUCUCCACUCCUUCCGCCCCGGUCUCCUACGUCUCCGACGCCGACGGCGUCAACCGAACCCUUUGCCUGCUCUCCGGCGACCAGAUCUAG